GGUGACGGAGGCUGGGGUUGGUGAAGCGCUGGGCGGCGAGGCUGCCCGACUGCCCGGUUUGGCGUCUGGGCCUUGGAGGUAGAGGGGCGGCCCGUGCCAGGCCGCGGGUCCCCUCUCUCUGGCUGCCCGGAGUCAUGUCCCCCAGGACCCGAGGACCCCCAGCCGGGCUCGCUUAGAGAAGACGCGGCCGCCCCGCAUUUGGGUCCCUUGCAAGGUCGGCCGCUGGAGAACCCCCGGGCUGAGCGGCCGGGAGAAGCAGGCCACAACCGUCGUCCAGGGCCUCGGCCCGGGGACCCGUGGAGGAUGAGCUGGCUCUUCCCCCUGACCAAGAGCGCCUCCUCCUCCGCAGCUGGGUCCCCCGGCGGCCUCACCAGCCUGCAGCAGCAGAAGCAGCGCCUGAUCGAGUCCCUCCGGAGCUCCCACUCCAGUAUAGCUGAGAUUCAGAAAGAUGUGGAAUACAGGUUGCCCUUCACCGUCAACAACCUGACAAUAAACAUUAAUAUAUUGCUUCCUCCACAAUUUCCUCAGGAAAAACCAGUGAUCAGUGUUUAUCCACCAAUACGACAUCAUUUAAUGGAUAAACAAGGAGUAUAUGUUACCUCUCCAUUAGUAAACAAUUUUACAAUGCACUCAGAUCUCGGGAAGAUUAUUCAGAGUCUGCUGGAUGAGUUUUGGAAAAAUCCUCCAGUUUUAGCUCCUACUUCAACAGCAUUUCCUUACCUAUACAGUAACCCAGGUGGGAUGCCUCCUUACGCCUCUCAGGGUUUUCCAUUUCUUCCUCCGUAUCCCCCACAAGAAGCUAACAGGACUGUCAGCUCUUUGUCUGUUGCUGACACUGUUUCUUUGUCAACGACAAGUCAUACAGCAGCCAAACCUGCGGCUCCUUCAUUUGGCGUCCUUUCCAGUCUGCCGUUGCCCGUUCCUACCACAGACACUGCAGCACAGAUAAACCAAAAUGGUUUCGGUUACAAGAUGCCAGAUGUCCCUGAUGCAUUUCCAGAGCUCUCAGAACUAAGUGUGUCGCAGCUAACAGAUAUGAACGAGCAGGAGGAGGUACUGCUGGAGCAGUUCCUGGCUUUGCCGCAGCUGAAGCAAAUCAUUAGUGACAAGGAUGACUUAGUAAAAAGUAUCGAGGAGCUGGCAAGAAAAAAUUUGCUUUUGGAGCCCAGCUUGGAAGCCAAAAGGCAAACUGUUUUAGAUAAGUAUGAACUGCUUACACAGAUGAAAUCCGCUUUUGAAAAGAAGAUGCAGAGGCAGCAUGAGCUCAGUGAGAGCUGUAGUGCGAGUGCCCUACAGGCAAGAUUAAAAGUAGCUGCACACGAAGCUGAGGAAGAAUCUGAUAACAUUGCUGAAGAUUUCUUGGAGGGAAAAACUGAAGUGGAUGAUUUUCUGAGUAGCUUCAUGGAAAAGAGAACAAUUUGCCACUGCAGAAGAGCCAAGGAAGAGAAGCUGCAGCAGGUGAUGGCGGUGCACAGCCAGUUCCACGCUCCGCUGUAGAUUCUCCUGAGAACAUGAACUGCCAAGAGAGGAAUGGGACACAUGACUGAGCACAUUUGUAUUUGUGAUUUGCAAAUUGGCAUUCAUCACAGCAGCUGAAUUCAUGGAUUCACUGUAUAGGUCGUAUACAGAACUGAGACUGAUUUUGUACAGAUCAGAAUGAUUGCUAUGAUCUUGACUCUGAGAAAUUUUUCUGCACUAUUUGCACUAAAAAUGUUUAUUUAUUAUGGAUAAAUCCUAUCAUAUUUAAGUUCCACUGCUGUUCCUCUCUUAUUAUUGAUUAAAUAAUUCUGCAUGUAAUUUAGCUAGUUUUCACAUUUUAUAAAAUUACUUCAUUUAAAUUUGUAUUUUUAAUUUGAAUCUGCCUCAUUUCUUUAUCAGAAAUGGUCUGUUUCCUCUCAACUUUUUAUGAAAAAAAUAACUUUUCAGACUGUAGAAGGACUCUUUAUUUUUCCUCAUUCUUUGUGGAUAAACAAACUUUCAAAAACAAUAUCUUUUAGAUAUUCCUAGUGUCAGUAAACAUUAAACCUGCCAAUGUGCCAUCUCAAGAAAGUAACUUUUAAUACGUACAAUAAAUCAAAAGAAUAAACCAGCUGCUUUUAUACCUUGUUUUAUUUUUAAAAUUAAAGAUGCAUUUAAGAAGCAAUACAGGCAAAUAAAUAUUUCACCUACUAGAAAAAAAUUGCCAUUCACUUAAAUUAGUCCAACAUAAACUUUCAUGCUAAUUUUUUAAUAUAAAGUAUGCGAUGUGGUCAGAUAAGGAUAGGCUGUGUAAAUACUAAUGUUAAGGCUAAAAAAUCAUCUUUGUUAAUGAAUAGUUAAUCUGGACCUAAAAAAAAAAUCAGUGAAAUUUUCUGACCUUUAUUGUGUUAGCUUUUCAUCAGAGAAAAGCUAUACUAAUAAAUAAAAUUGAUAUUUAACAUUUAGAAAGUUCGAUUUUAAUUAAUUAGAUUUUCCAUUUAUCUUCUACUAUGUUCAGCAGCUUGCUUCUAUUCCACGUUACAGAGUGCACACAUUUUAUGGGUAGCUAGCUGUGAAAGGCUAAGUAGGGAGGAAAUGGUGAACCGUAUACCUGAGGCUUGGUACUGUAGUGUUUACGUCACGGAACCACCUAGCGCGUCCCUUUGUUUAACUUUCAUCCCAAUGUGAUCGCCAUCUCACACACCAGCACACAGCACCGUUUGUCUUCAUGUCUCUGUUCACCUGUAACAUGUGUUUGGCAAUAGAGCUUUAGGAAAAACGCAAUCAUUUUCGUAGACUUGAAGUAUACUGAACACUUGGUCUGUGCUGAUGGAGGGCAAGUGUUCACGUGGAGCAUAACGGUGUACUUUGGGUGAAGAAAUUCUCUUUCAUUAAUCACCUGUCUUCUUCACACUGUGCUAAGGGGGUGCCGUUUGAUCCUCAGAAUGACCAGACGAGGAAGGUAGAAUAACUACUCUGGAUUUCUAUUUUUUUUUUAAUAAAAGAUUUUAUCUAUUUAUUUUUAGAGAGAGAGGAAGGGAAGGAGAAAGAGAGGGAGAGAAAUAUCAGUGUGUGGUUGCCUCUUGCACACCCCCUUUUGGGGACCUGGCCCACAACCCAGGCAAGUGCCCUGAUUGGGAAUUGAACCGGCAACCCUUCGGUUCGCAGCCUGUGCUCAGUCCACUGAGCCACACCAGCCAGGGCCUACUCUGGAUUUCUAGAUGAGCGAGGUAAGUGUCUCAAGUCCGUGACGGAGUCUCCUGGGUACUCAGGAACUUUCCUUGCCGCACCAGCCAGCAGAGCGUCAGCCCUCCCUGCAGUCACUGCAGUGGACGGAGGGUACAACAGACCGUACUGCAGACAGGGAGCUUUGCUCUAAACCAGGGAGACCCUAGAACAAGACACCAGAGGUCCAGAGCCAUCCUGAAAGGACAUCAGUGCAUUUAUUUGAUCUGCUAAUUUUAUUAAGUACCUACUUCAGUGAGGCAAGUAUAUAUAGUAUUGUGGAAAUAGUAUAUAACUGGAGGUUUAAGUGCUUUAUCUUCCCCUCAACAAAAAGAAAUUUUUUUGUAUAGUCUCUUCAAUCACAUAAGUAAUUUGUUUCAAUGUUUUGUCCUUUAAACUUGAACUCUUUCAGUUUUAUUCUGUACUGGUUAACAUAGCUUGGUUUCUCCUUCCAAAAUUAAUUGAUUGGAUAACCUCCAUACAACCCAGUUAUUAAGAAGAGGAGUUGGAUCGUCACUGUCUGCCCUUAACAAACAGACACAUCAGGUCAGAUACAGGUUAUGUCGGUCACCCAGGAUGAAAAAGGUCUGCAUUUGACUAUGUCUGCAUGAAUUUUGGUUCUGUUACUACAACAGGAAUUAAGGGACUUUUCUUAUAAUUUUAUAUCUACAUUGUUUUCUUGUAAGUGGCCAUGCUGGAGAAGCAGUGCCAGAGAGGGGGCAGUGCCUGACGAGGCAGGAAUUCUGAUUCUACUUUAACGUGUAAU